AUGUUCUGUGAGAAAAUCAGUUGGGCCGUAGUGGAAACGCUGUGGCUUCCAACCUCUACAGGCCGCAAGUACCUCAUCGAGAAUGGAAUCACCUUGGAGGAUGGGACCUACCUCAAGGAGUUUCCCUCUUUUGCUGAGGAUGCCAAUAUUGUCCGCAAUCUUCCAGGGGAAGAAUACGCCACCCUCAACCUCACGUUAUCCCAUGACCCCCGAAACGAAUGUAUGGAUCUGCAUGAACCUGGAUUUGAAUGUAACGGAAAGCGACACUUGGAGCCUCUCAACAGAGUUAUUAUUUGGGAUUCGCGAGUAAAGGAGGAUGAACAACGCCAAACCCUGUUACAAUGGGAUCAGAUGCCAGCUUUCUGUCGCCACUGCCAGAAGCCUGAUCAUUGUCGUGCAGAUUGUCCAGAUUAUCACAAAUGGGCAAAUUGCUACCACUGCAACAAACCUGGCCACGUUUCGAAAAAUUGUGACAGGAACAACUCAGAAUCGGUUCCAGCAAAGGUCCGUGCAGUUGAAAAAUCUCCUGCUAAGCCCAAGGAACGAAAGGGAGCCAAGCCCACUCCUCCAAAGAGGGCCGAUUCUGAACGUCGAAGCAAACCAGUAGAAGACAAGGACCAUAUCAUGCCAAAUGCUCCUCAACCUAAUGCUGGUUCACCCACCCAUGAAGCUUCUCAACAACAAAUCAAAAUGACUGGAGACACCAUUAUGGAAGAGAACAACACGAAUACAAAGUUGUCUGAUGCUGAUGCAUUAAACAGUGUUUCCAAGGAUGUGCGCAGAUCUUAUCCUGAAUUUGAUCCCUCAAAAGCAGCGAAGAAGUUAACCCGCCAGGAAGGUUCUUUAGAUAUCGGUGAUGCCAGAUAUCAACACGCUGAAACCUCUAACCCCCACAGUAAUGCCAGACGCAUGUCUGGUGAUGAUACGGAUACGAUUGAUAGGAAUUUGACACCACCUGCACCUUCAGGUACACCACCUUCCACCAAUCUUUAA